UUGAGCUUCCCCAUUUGGCAUACCGGAUCGUCACGUAACAUGCAGAGCCCUAACCGUCUAAACACUACCCGAUCAAAUGACAAAAGAAAGCUGACCCCGGCCGAGGAGCGCCGACUCAUCCACGAGUACGGGAUCAGAUUCGAAGGCCCCAUUCUCACCUCGCACUGGCCGCCUCAAUAUAGCUUAAUCUACGGGAAGCUCCGGGAAAUUGAGGGUGUAAAAUAUGAUCAAUAUCGCUCGAGUCUAGAUUCUUCUCCACAUCGAGUAAAGAGGGUGAGGUCUUUGAAUCGAGCCCAUACCCUGAUCCGGGCCGCGCAUGACUGUCGGAAAUCGUCUUUGCAUGAGGAAGAGUGGAGAAGAUCGACCGAAGCACAUUUGCUGAAGCAUUUCGAUGGGGAGGUUGAAUGUCACUUUUGUAAAAGGCGUCUCUGGGCUUCUGAAUUUCAAGCAACGUCGUGCAGCCCUGCGAGGCAGUUAUGCGUCUGCAACCCUAACGAAACAAUUCGUGACGAGGUAUAGAGUACUACUUGUCCCGUGGACGUGUGAAAGGCUUCUCAUAGUUUUGAUCUAGCUAUCCUCGGAUGUCUCGCGGCCUUUCCUAACUCGACUGGGUAUGCCAAUCGAUGACAAAUCUGCACCUCCUCAGAUUAACGUCAAAAAGCCGGACAUUGCAAUCGGACUUAGGAGGGAUGAUAAUAUAGAGAGACUGCUCGGAAACAAUGAAAAUGUGGCCCACAGUCCAACAUUGAAUACUCCAGAAAUGCUAUUUCCUUUUCUUGUCCUGGAGGCCAAGUCUGAGGUGGGCGGCCCGGGAUUCCAGUCCGUUGAAACGCAAACUGCGUUUCCGAUUAGGACGUUUUUGAAUAUCCAGAGGUCUCUUAGUAGGAGUACUAAUACGGGGGGCCCAUUGGUAUGGUUCUUGGCUUACCAAGGGGAAGAGUGGAAGGUAUACGGCUGUACCCCUGAUGACAGAGGAACUAGAGUCAUAGAACUGUGGCAAGGGACGAUUUUGCGAGCUGAUUGUGCGCUACAGCUGUGUCUAAUUAUCGACUUUAUAUAUGACUGGGCAAUCGAGAUACAUCUGAAUGAAAUACUGGACUGCCUUUUCGCUGGCCAAGAGCGUGCCUUAAGCACAUACUGUUCUCUAAACGAUCGUACACUCGAGCAAAUCACAGAGUUGAGUCAGGGCUCUUUGAGCACCUGUACUCUGCGUGACACUAUUUCAUAUAGCAGAGAUGAGGAGGAGAUGACGACCUCCUCAAGUGACACUAUUCAGGCUGACAAUGUCAUGUCUUUACCAUCAGAACGAGCAGACGACACUGAAAUGCUAGAUACUACCAUCGGCGCGGAUAGCCCGUCAUCCGCCACGAUAGUGGAAAGUUACCCCGAAGCCGAUGACAUGGGGGUCAUCCGGAACGCCGAUGAAGUCUUUUUUACUUUUAAUCACCUCGUGCUUCCAGAGACCGAGGAAGAAUUGAUUUCAAUUUUAACUUCAAUCAGUCCAAAUGACUUUGUGUCCGAAGUUGCUCAAGCUCUGUUGGAGACUUUUUGUGUCGAGGAGCCGCUAGUACUGAACUACGAAUUCAUCAACCAAGUGGAAGAACUGUGGACGGGGUCGAUUGGCGAACAUACCUCAAAUGCGGAAGAGCCUGUCAUAGCGAAUAUCUCCUUUCGAUCCUAUUUAAGGCAUACGGAUUGGCAGGUGCUCAGGAAUAUCUCCUGUAUAACGGCAACUGUUCGGGCCAUCAAUAGGCUGGGCAGCAUUGCUCUGAAUGGAUAUGACGCUCUUGUGGAUGGCGCAUAUUGGGUAGCUUCUAAUCCCUCGGUAGACGUGGUGCGGUCCCUUCGGACUCUAUCUGGCCAGGAAUCAGCGGCGACUGCAACGGAGAAUGUCUGUCUCAUUCUACGUAAAGGGCCGUUCGAGGAGCGUUGGACGAAGGGGUUGGAGGCUGGCGACCUUCCGCGGCGGAUUUGGAAAGGCCUUGACGCCAACACCCCAAGCAUUCCUCUUUUCCCUAUCCUUUUCUAUUCUAGUGCAGUUGUGAGAAUUGAGAAAAGGAGUGGUACAGAUUUGGGAAAGGUCCUUCCGAGACUGAGCAGGACAACCAGAAACGACGGCGCCUUAAUUUUGAAAAGACCCGCUUCAUGGUACCGGCAAUGCCCUAAGUAUUGCCUUGUAUUAUUUGAUGGUUCAGACGUUGAAGAUGAAGCACAUAUGGGACGAACUAUAUUGCAAGUUCUCUCACAUGGCGGAGUUUACCAGGAGAUCGGUCGUGGCGUCCAAGAGGUGGAUCGUGUGGCGAUAGAAGCUUGGGCUGCACGACUUCUAAAUUAAUCACGCACAUAUGUG